UUCAUCACUUGAUAAUAUAUUCCAGAACGACGUUGUUUUUGGAAAAACGACUGCGAGGAUGAAGGCCAAAAUGUUCCUGAUUGGUUCUCUGUGGUUGUCUCUUUGCUGCCUGCUUCGUGUUCAACCAAAGAAGGCAAGUUUUCUUUCUAUUGGUGAUCCGCUGGACAUGGCUGUGAACUCUGUUGAUGACAGGUACUCUACCUGUGCUACACAGAUGGAGGCAAAGGUCAAAAAGACGUAUUUUGAAAAGGAAAUGGAAAAUAGUGUAUUCAGCAAGGCAUGGAAGGGAGCAGAAAGUUGUGCAGAUAGAAAUAUGAAACAAAAAGAAGCAGCAGAUGAGGCUCUAACAAAAGAUCACAUGCAAGCAAUUUGUGUUUACACAGCUGGAGGGCAAGCAGAUUUCUAUAAGGCAUUCAAUGACGCAGUCAAGACCAACAGACAACAAUAUAGUUCAUCCUUUCCAUUCCACUCUUUGCAUUUCUGGCUGACCAGAGCGAUACAGAUCCUCAAACCCAAUUAUAAUGAAUGUUACACAACUUUCCGUAGAAUGAAAUCCACAUUAACUGGUGAAGUCAACCAAGAAAUUCGAUUUGGUAAUUUUGCCUCCUCCUCCAAAUUAACAACUCUGACAAGCUUUGGUAAUACAACAUGCUUUAACAUUACAACCUGUCAUGGAGCUUAUCUGAAAAAAUACCCAAAGCUCAAAGAUCAUGAGCAGGAGGUGCUCAUUCCACCUUAUGAGACGUUCAAGAUAGUCAGCAAAGCUAAACCUCAAGAACUUAAUGACUGUAAGACUGUCUAUGUUCUGAAAGAUAAUGGUGUUGAAAGCAAUCUUGACUGCCAUGUUGCAAACCAAAUAAUUUUGUGAUUUUCUUUCUUCACACACAUUAAUUUAGAACAGUUUCAUCUUGUUCUAAAUUUACACCUGGCUGAUCUUUAAAGAGAAAGUUCAGAUUGAUCUCAAUCAACUUCCUCAUUUGAAUAAACAUGCAGAAAUUUAGGCUGUAGCGUAAAAGCUAAUGGCGAGCUUCUCUGUGCUACUUAGAACCGUUUAACUGCUGCAAGCUGAAGCUUUGGGUUUGCUUAGAGGACAGGGGUUUUUAAACCAUUGUUUUGCUAAUGUGAAAGUAUUUC